AUGAGGUUCGUUCUGUUUGCCUUGCUAUGCCAGCUGGCAUCCGCUCUACCAAACCAGGACAGCAAUCCCAUCGUCAAGACGUCCGUCGGCACGUAUACCGGCAUCGUCAACAGCUCAGCACCUCACGUUCGAGAGUUUCUAGGCAUACGCUAUGCCUACCCUCCUGUUGAAGACCUGCGAUUCGCGGCACCACAAAAGCUAGACGCCACGAGCAAUGACACCUUCGACGCAACACAUUAUGCCCCAUCAUGUCCGCAGCCCAGAACCACGACACCCUUCAUCGGCAAUCAAGUCCUGCCAGAGAUCACUAUCAACGGACCAAUAUCCGACGACUGCCUGGCUCUCAACGUCUUCACGCCAGUUGGAGCGAAGAAUUUGCCGGUACUCGUGUUCCUGCCUGGAGGAGGCUUCAAGACUGGCGGUACGAAUGUCGACUAUCAGUGGCCAGGCCAUUGGGUCGAGCGAACGCAAGGGCACAUUGUCGUUUCCAUCAACUACAGGCUCAACAUCUUCGGUUUCCCAAACGCUGCUGGUCUGACUGAGCAGAAUGUCGGAAUCCUUGAUCAGCGUGCUGGCCUGGAGUGGGUGCGAGAUAACAUACAUGCCUUCGGUGGUGAUCCCUCAAAGAUCACCCUCAUGGGCCAAUCCGCCGGCGCCGCCUCAGCAGACGCUCACAACUUCGCUUACUGGCAAGACCCCAUCUACACCGGCUUCUUCGGCAUGUCAGGCACAGUCUUCAUCGGCGCUCUACCAAACGAUGUCGAACACACGAACUUCUCCUUCGUCGCCGAAAAUGCAGGCUGCAAUAUUUCCGUGCCCGAGGCACAGCUGGCAUGUAUGCGCCUUAUUCCUCACACGAGAAUCACAGACUUCACACAGUCCUACUCUGAAGGAGCAGCUUCAGCUGGUCCACUCAGUUUCCUCCCUGUGCCGGACGAGAAGGUCAUGUUUUCAAACUACACUGAGAGGUAUGCACUUGGCAAAGUGUCAGAUCGACCAGCUACAUUCUCCACCUGCGAGAAUGAAGGAGCUUCGCAAGUGGCCUAUAACGUCGCUGGAAGCGAUCAGGCCUUAGCUGAGCAAGUCACACUCGACAUGUUCCAAUGUCCAGCAGUACUUUCCACGAACCUCCGUUCUGCAUUCAACCUCACCACGUACCGCUACCUUUACUCCGGCAACUUCAGUAACGUCAGUACGUUACCAUGGCUCGGUGCUUACCAUGGUUCGGACGUGCCAAUGCUAUUCGGCACGCACCAGGACCACGCCAAUGGACAAGGACCGUCUACGGAGCUGGAGUAUGAGACGAGUGAGAAGAUGCGGGACUUUUUGAUGGCGUUCAUGCGAGAUCCUCAUGUCGGUCUGGAGGCUGAAGGCUGGCAGUCAGAGAUGUUGAGGUUUGGAGCGGAUGGGACUGCUGUGCAGCAGAUCCCGACCGAAUUUGUGGAUCAGUCCUGUGCCUGA